GGGAGAGCCAGCAGCCCGAGGCAGACGCGCCCGCCAUGAGGGAGAUCGUGCACAUCCAGGCGGGCCAGUGCGGGAACCAGAUCGGCACCAAGUUCUGGGAAGUGAUCAGCGAUGAGCACGGCAUCGACCCGGCCGGGGGCUACGUGGGCGACUCGGCGCUGCAGCUGGAGAGGAUCAGCGUCUACUACAACGAGUCAUCCUCUCAGAAAUACGUGCCCAGGGCUGCCCUGGUGGACUUGGAGCCAGGCACCAUGGACAGCGUGAGGUCUGGGCCUUUCGGGCAGCUCUUCCGGCCUGACAACUUCAUUUUCGGGCAGACGGGCGCCGGGAACAACUGGGCCAAGGGCCACUACACGGAGGGCGCGGAGCUGGUGGAGGCGGUGCUGGACGUGGUGCGGCGGGAGUGCGAGCACUGCGAGUGCCUGCAGGGCUUCCAGCUGACGCACUCGCUGGGCGGCGGCACGGGCUCGGGGCUGGGCACGCUGCUGCUGAGCAAGGUGCGCGAGGAGUUCCCGGACCGCAUCAUGAACACCUUCAGCGUGAUGCCGUCGCCCAAGGUGUCGGACACGGUGGUGGAGCCGUACAACGCGACGCUGUCGGUGCACCAGCUGGUGGAGAACACGGACGAGACGUACUGCAUCGACAACGAGGCGCUGUACGACAUCUGCUUCCGCACGCUCAAGCUGGCCACGCCCACCUACGGCGACCUCAACCACCUGGUGUCGGCCACCAUGAGCGGCGUCACCACGUCGCUGCGCUUCCCGGGCCAGCUCAACGCCGACCUGCGCAAGCUGGCCGUCAACAUGGUGCCCUUCCCGCGCCUGCACUUCUUCAUGCCGGGCUUCGCGCCGCUCACGGCGCGCGGCAGCCAGCAGUACCGCGCGCUCACCGUGCCCGAGCUCACGCAGCAGAUGUUCGACGCGCGCAACAUGAUGGCCGCCUGCGACCCGCGCCACGGCCGCUACCUCACCGUGGCCGCCGUGUUCCGCGGCGCCAUGUCCAUGAAGGAGGUGGACGAGCAGAUGCUGGCCGUGCAGAACAAGAACAGCAGCUACUUCGUCGAGUGGAUCCCCAACAACGUCAAGGUGGCCGUGUGCGACGUGCCCCCGCGCGGCCUCAAGAUGGCCGCCACCUUCAUCGGCAACAGCACGGCCAUCCAGGAGCUCUUCCGGCGCAUCUCGGAGCAGUUCUCCGCCAUGUUCCGCCGCAAGGCCUUCCUGCACUGGUUCACGGGCGAGGGCAUGGAUGAGAUGGAGUUCACCGAGGCCGAGAGCAACAUGAACGACCUGGUGUCCGAGUACCAGCAGUACCAGGACGCCGCCGCCCACGACGGGGAGGACGAGGCCUUCGACGACGAUGGCGACGGCGACGACGACGAGGCGGGCGAGUAGGGGCGCCUGGCGUGCCGGGCGAA